AUGGUCCGAGCCACGCAGAUGGACACCGUCCGCGCGCUCCUCGCCCUGUGCGCGCUGGGCUGCGCGUGGGCGCACCUCGAGCUCGCCCCGCGCCUGAAGACGCCCCCGCUGCCCAUCCAGUCCGAGAAGGAGCCUCUGCCGUCCAAGGGACUGUCAGGCUGCUCCUUCGGGGGACGUUUCUACUCGCUGGAGGACUCCUGGCACCCAGACCUGGGGGACCCCUUCGGCAUCAUGCAUUGUGUCCAGUGUCGCUGCGAACCACAGAGGAGCCGCAAGGGGAAGCUGCUCGGCAAGGUGAGCUGCAGGAACACGAAGCAGGACUGUCCGGAGCCGAGCUGCACCAACCCCGUCUCGCUCCCCGGCCGCUGCUGCAGGACCUGCGCUCAAGGGGAAAUGGAUCGGGAACAGGAGGACUUCCUGUUGGACACUUUCGAGUUUUUACACGAGAAGGAGGGCGACCUGCACAAGUCCUACAACGACGGCUCGUACCUGAGCUCGGAGGACGUGCCCCCCCGGGAGGGCCAGACAGACUUUGUGGCUCUGCUGACCGCUGUGCCGGAGUCCCGGCCGCCCGUGUCCAGCGGCGUGGCGCGCGCCCGUUUGUCGCUGUCCGGGAACAGUCUGGUUUUCUCCAUCACCUUCCUGAGGAUGGACAGGCCCAGCAGGGUUCUGAUCCAGGAUUCUGAAGGCAACGUGGUGUUCCAGUUCCGGGUUUCCAGGAGCGAUUUGGUGCAGAACGGCAUGAUCUGCGGCGUGUGGAAGAACGUUCCCAAGUCACAGGAGCAUCUGCUGCAGGCCGAGCAGCUGCGCGUCUCCAUGACGACUGGAGGCAACAAGCAGGAGGAGAUCCAGGGCAGGAUCGUCAAACACAGAGCACUGUUUGCAGAAACCUUCAGCGCUGUGUUGACGUCCGAAGAGGAGCAUUCUGGGAUGGGAGGGAUGGCCAUGCUGACGCUGAGCGACACUGAGAACAACCUGCAUUUCAUCCUUCUCUUCCAGGGGCUGCUGCAGGGCCGAGGCACAGAGCGCCCCCUAGUGCCCAUCCGCGUGCAACUGCGCUACCGCCAGCUUGUCCUGAGAGAGGUCCGCGCAAACGUCACGGCGCACGACCCGGACUUCGCAGAGGUUCUCGACGACCUGAACAGCAGGGAGCUCUUCUGGUUGUCCCGGGGACAGCUGGAGAUCGCCGUGGAGACGGAGGACAGUGAUCCGCGCCGCAUCUCCGGCUUCGUCAGUGGCAGGAAGUCGUGUGACACCAUCCAGAGCGUGAUGUCCAGCGGCGAUGCUCUGACCCCAGGCAAGACCGGUGCCGUGGGGUCGGCCAUCUUCAGUCUCCAUGACAACGGGAGCCUGGAUUACCAGGUGCAGGUGGCAGGUGUGUCCAGCCAGGUGGUGGGCGUGACCGUCGAGAUGAAGCCGCGGAGACGGAGCAAGCGCAGCGUGCUGCACGACCUGAGCGGCGAGUACGCGGGGGGCCGCGCCGCAGGCCGCUGGGGCCGCAUGGAGGCUCGUCACAUCCACAUGCUCCUGCAGAACGAGCUCUUCGUGAACGUCGCGACCGUCGACCACCCGGAGGGGGAGCUCCGGGGUCAGAUCCGCAGCCUGCUGUACGGCGGCCCCCACGCCAGCAGAGACGAGCUCCCGGUGCUGCUGGGCGGACAGCUCGUGUCCCCCCCCGUGGCCACGGGCGCGGGGGGCCACGCCUGGGUGUCCGUGGACGAGAAGUGUCACCUGCACUACGAGAUCGUGGUGUCAGGACUGAGCAAAAGCGAGGACUCGCCGGUCGACGCCCACCUGCACGCCUCGGCCGAGAUCGGCGAGCUGGACCGCGGUGGCCCCGCCCACAAGCGCCUCCUCACCAGCUUCUACGGUUCUCAGGCUCAGGGGGUCCUCAAAGACCUCAGCGCGGCGCUCCUGCGGCACCUGGACCGGGGUACGGCCUUCGUCCAGGUCAGCACCAAGCAGAACCCACGAGGGGAGAUCCGCGGACGGGUGAGCGGAGACUGGCGCCGGAACGCUCUCCCGUCCCACGGCCGAGCCGCGGUCCCGUGUCAGGGAUGCGGGGACGUGCGGCCGGGAAGCUGCCGUUUGCUCUGCUGCUUGUUUCCGCGACAGUAUGUUGCGCUUGCGAUGCGAGCGGCCCUGCGGAUAUUUUCCGCACGUCCGCUAUCUGCCAAAUGGUUUCGACAGCCGUUCGUAAAGAAUGCGGGUGGGAGCGGCCAAAGGCCGGGGGGGGGGCUUGUUUCCGUGGCGACCGUCGGCCGACGGCCGACCGCGCGUCCGAGGUCCCGCGCGCGAAAUGACGGGCUCUCCGCCUCGGAUCAGGUGCGGGCGGCCAACGGGUGCCGGUCCGGGAGCGGGUUCGAAGCGGGCGAGCCGGGCUUCGACGACGAGACCGAGGAGCCGAAGCGCGACCCGCGCAGCUGCUUUUUCGAGGGGCAGCACCACGCGCACGGCUCCCGGUGGACGCCGCACUACAACAACUGCUUCGCCUGCAGCUGCAAGAAGAAGACGGUGAUCUGCGACCCCAUCAUCUGUCCCACGUUGAGCUGCACGCACACCAUCCAGCCGGAGGACGAGUGCUGCCCGGUGUGCCACGUGGAGACAAUGGAGCCCAGGGCCUUGGAUGUCCGCGAGGCGGUCGAGGAACACCCCGAAGGCUGCUACUUUGAAGGUGACCAGAAGCUGCACGCCCCAGGAACCACAUGGCACCCCUUUGUCCCCCCGUUCGGCUACAUCAAGUGCGCCGUGUGCACCUGCAAGGGCUCCACGGGGGAGGUGCACUGCGAGAAGGUGACGUGCCCCCCCUUGGCCUGCGGCCAGCCCGUGCGCCGCAGCCCCUCCGACUGCUGCAAGGUGUGUCCGGGGGAGGGGGGGCCCCCGCCGCCGCCGCCGCCGCACGCCGAGCUCAUGCAGGCCGACGGUUCGCGCCACUGCAGGUUCGGCAAGACCUUGUACCAGGAUGGCGAGCGGUGGCACCCGCACGUGUCCCUCGUGGGAGAGAUGAAGUGCAUCACCUGCUGGUGUGACAACGGCGUGACCAAGUGCCAGAGGCAGCAGUGCCCGGUGCUCACCUGCCACCAGAUCAUCCACCGCCGGGGCGGCUGUUGCCCAGAGUGUGAAGAAGCGUCCACCGUGGAGGAGGAAAACUUGAUGAUCCUUCCUGAGAAAAAGAGCAGAUGGAGGCACUGAAAACGGCGAUGCCCCACCCCCCACCUGCCAGCCCAGCGUCGGGUUCGAGGAGCGAGGGACACGUGGAGACGGGACGUUGCAACCUGUGGACGCUGAGCGCCGAGCGACACUCGCAGAGAGACGGUUUCUUCUUCAGCUGUUCUUCAGUUUUUGGGCCGGGAACAGGAAGCGUCUUCUCCCUCGUCUCCCGCCUCUCGUUCCAACGUGAGCCGUGUCGAGCAGAAGUCCUGCGCUGUGGGGACGGACUCAGGGUUUGGACCCUCUUGCGAUCUUCUCUCUGCAGCUCCGUGGCUUCCGUGCGUGACCGUGAGAACUGCGUAACGCAGCACACGCCACAUGCGGCUUCUGCUCUUAUUGCACUUUAAAUGAACUGGGAAGGGUGGUCAUUUGGGUGGGCGGGGGGGGGCUCAACACUGAUAGUGCAGUAUACCGCGGUACUUCCGACAUUUUACGCAAACCUGAUGUGUGACUGGGGACCGGAGGAAAAGCUGGAAGAGGCCCUCAGAGCAGAAGAACAUCUGUAACACACCUUUUCCUGUUAUUUGUCCAUAUUGUUGUGUUUAUAUAAUAUUUUUCUAAACUUGUUUCUAUUUUGUAUUUAUUGUGCGUGUGCAGAAAAUAAAUGCCAAAAGAGCCAAUGGGUCAAAGGAGAAUUUGCGGUGUGAUAAGUCCAGCCCCCCCGGCAUCCUGACACAUCCGUGUCUCUGUGGAUGUGCAGACUUCGCUCACACAACGUGGAUAAUUGUUUGCCCAAAAUGUGCUUGUAAAGUGAAUUUUUUUUAAAAUGAGAAAAAUAAACGUGUUCCUGAGCCACAAAAGCUAUUUUUUUCACUCAACACACAAAGUUCUUGCGUUGCAUGUUCUCUGCAUUAAAAUACAAGUUGAUCAAAAUCCAGAACCUUGUAACUGCUCAGGACACCUUUAAAUCCAAGCUUAAGUCCCACACGUUCAGAAUCACUGAUGGAGAUGCCAUCUGUAAGCUAUUGUUUUCCUUUUUAUUUUCUAGUUUUAUUAUGUUGAUCUACGGCAGCACGAUGGCAUGGAUUGAAAUACAGCUUAGUUUGUAUUCCCUCCAUCCU